AUGAUAUCCGACCCCGACCCCUCCCCGGUUUCAAGCCAUACUGGGAUCCCUGAUCCCAUAUCCGAGAUCCGAUUUCGUGGGCAAUCAUCGGCCCCGAUCGGGACGGGUCAACCAGGUUCCCCAACAGAGCUUAUUUUAAUGGCGUUUUCUUUCAUUUCUUGGUCAUUUACAAUAUUUUUCAUAAUCUUGCAGAUGUUAAUCAUAUUAUGCUGUCGUAGUUGGCAUGUUAAUGGAUGCUAUACCUCCAUCUUCAGCUUCGGUGACUCUCUAGCAGACACGGGUAACUUAAAACAAGUGGCCUCCAUAACCGGCCAAUUCUUUCCUUUUCUUCAGCCGCCUUACGGUGAAACCUUCUUUCAUAAGCCCACUGGCCGUUGCUCAGAUGGCCGACUCAUCAUUGAUUUCCUAGCUGAGAGUCUCGGGUUGCCAUUGGUACGACCAUUUCUGCAUGACAGUGAGUGUGUCGUGUGGCCGGGACAAGGAGUUAACUAUGCUGUGGUGGGAGCGACAACAUUGAAUUCAUCGUUUCUUGAAGCAAGAGGAAUUGUUAACGAUUUGACAAAUGCCUCUUUAGGAGUUCAGUUGGCAUGGUUUAAACAAUCAUUAGCUUCUAUUUGCAGCAACGUUUCAGAUUGUAGAAACUUAAUUGGAAGUUCUUUAAUCUUAGUUGGAGAGAUUGGUGGAAACGAUUACAACUUUCCGAUAACAGAUGGAAAGCCCAUUGAUGAGGUCGAACCAUUCGUUCCUCUAGUAACUGAUACCAUCAUCUCGGUUGUCGAUGAAUUAAUUGAGAUGGGGGCACAAACACUAGUCGUUCCAGGAGAAUUUCCACUUGGAUGUUCUUCUCAAUAUUUAACAAUACGUGGUUCGGAAAGUGAAGAGUAUGAUAACACAACAGGAUGCCUCAUCAAGUUCAAUAAAUUUGCUGAAUACCACAAUGAACUGCUACAAUUGAAACUAAAUCAGCUUCGAGAGCUUCAUCCCAAUGUCGUCAUCAUCUACGCUGACUACUACAAUGCUGCCAUGCAAUUUAUCCGUUCUCCUGAUAAAUUUGGAUUUACAAAUGGUGCUCUGAAGGCAUGUUGUGGACUUGGAGGUCUGUAUAACUACAAUAGAUCAUCUGAAUGUGGAUUACCGUAUGUGACUGUGUGUGAUGAUCCAAAUACAUAUGCUAUGUGGGAUGGAAUACACUACACAGAAGCAGCAUACAAAAUAAUUUCUAAUGGUUUAUUUCAUGGGCCAUACACUCAGCCCCAGUUUAAUUUAGUGUGCCCAUUUCAUUCAUUGGUGAGCUCAUAAGAAUACGUAU